UCCUUUCCCCCUCUCAUCGAUUGGAAUCGUGACUUUAAAACGGGACGGCUAUAUACGGAUUGCUAGUCGGUCUGGACCUGUAUCGGGAAUCGUGAUAUCAGAGGCUUGAGUUCGAUGAGAAUACAUUAAGUUCCCGAGUUGCACCUCAGGCUCGCGUGUGAAGCAGAGCAGCAAGCGCGCGCUAGUCCCGACUAGGAAGAUAGACCGCUUAAGAAGAUGUUCCAGGUUUAGCCUCAUCGCACUCUUCAGAGGGCCUAUCUCCCGCCUUCAGUCUUGCAGACGCUUGCUAUCAGCUCUCCCCUCGCCGGAUCGACCCCUGUUGCCUACUCGACCUGAUAUUAUCCUGUUGCGUGAGGCUUAGAUUUUCGAGCUGAUACGCCCGUUACUUAGGAGUAGUAGGCAUCAUGGAGUCGAUCCCGCCGGUGUACUCUGCUGCCACCAAGCCUGGGAAGCGUUACUCUCCACCAUGGGCGGACUUGAGCAUUAUCGGGAUUGCUGGCAGUUCCGGCUCCGGUAAAACGUCCGUGGCUAUGGAAAUUGUGAAGUCCUUGAACAUACCUUGGGUUGUCAUCCUUGUAAUGGAUUCGUUCUACAAAAGCUUGACCCCAGAACAACAUGAAAAAGCUCAUGCGAACCAGUUUGAUUUUGAUAGCCCGGACUCAAUUGAUUUUGAUGCUCUGGUGCAGUGCCUUAGCGAUCUUAAACAAGGAAAAAAAGUAGACAUACCUGUCUAUUCGUUCGUUCACCAUCAACGACAGCCGCAAACUACCCCCCUCUAUUCUCCUCAUGUCCUUAUUCUAGAGGGAAUCCUUGCACUUCAUGAUCAGAGGAUCAUGGAUUUAUUAGACGUCAAAAUCUUCGUUGAAGCGGAUAUGGACGUCUGCUUGGGACGUAGAGUUCUACGUGACGUCAAGGAAAGAGGCCGGGACAUCGAUGGAAUCAUCAAGCAAUGGUUCACCUUCGUCAAGCCUUCAUACAAAAAAUAUAUUGAGCCUCAAAGAUCAGUUUCAGACAUCAUCAUUCCUCGAGGCAUUGAAAAUAAAACAGCUAUUGGGAUGGUUGUGCAACAUAUCCGGCGUAAUCUGGAAGAAAAAUCCGAGAAGCAUAGUGCAACCCUCCAAGAGCUCCGGCGCAUUGCAUCUGAGGAACAGCUAUCUCCCAACGUCAUAAUGAUGCCGCAAACACCGCAGUUUGUUGGAAUGAACACCAUACUUCAAAAUCCGGAAACGGAGCAAGUCGACUUUGUUUUUUAUUUCGACAGGCUCGCUGCGUUGUUGAUUGAAAGGGCGCUAGAUGGCACUUCAUACACACCUAAAGCAGUAGAAACGCCUCAACAUACAAACUACGAUGGGCUCAACCAGGAAGGAAUUGUAUCCGCCGUUGCUAUCUUGAGAGGAGGGUCAUGCCUCGAGACCGCUCUUAAGCGGACAAUUCCUGAUUGUAUCACCGGCCGUGUCCUCAUCCGGACAAAUGAACGCAAUGAAGAACCCCAAUUACAUUAUCUCAAGUUGCCGCUAGGUAUUGAACAGCACUCCACGGUCAUGCUCCUUGACCCCCAGAUGUCGAGUGGAGGAGCAGCCUUGAUGGCGGUUCGUGUGUUGAUUGAUCACGGCGUGGCCGAAGAAAGGAUUGUCUUCGUUACUUGCGCAGCCGGUAAAUCAGGCCUCAAGCGGUUAAGUGCCGUAUAUCCCCACGUCAAGGUCAUUGUUGGAAGGAUCGAAGAGGAGAGAGAAACUCGAUGGAUGGAGAACAGAUAUUUUGGAUGCUGAAGUUAUACAUAGAGACGCACGGAGUUUUACAUAUAUAUAUACUGCCCGUAGAUACUGAUCUUCUAGCGAAAGUGAGAAUCUCUUUUCGAUGAAUUCAUGUCAAGUGAUUGAUAACUAUUUGAUAUUUUUUUUUGACCUAACUAGACUGAAC